AUGACAAUUUAGAUGGAUGACAAGGAUUAUAAAAAAUAUAAAGAAUUCAUAGAUAAAAUGUAGCUUAUAUAAUAAAUUUACAAUAUAUAUCAAUUUUAAGAGAGCUUAUAGUAUUUUAAUGUAAUAUCAAUAAAAUUAUUUAGAAAUUAAAAUUUUAAGAAUGUGUUGUUACGAUGUAUGAAAUUGGGAAUUGAAAAAAGAAUAGUCAUGUAAGAUAGAAGAGGUUAAUAUUGA